UCUAUCGCGAUUGCACCCCGGAAUCGCGAGGGAUGCGAGUUAUAUGUUUUGAGUACUGUUCGUUGCGAGUUUCGAGCAGACUCCGAAAAUUAUGUGAUAUUUAUUGCAUCGCAAUAAAUCGCAAGGGACAAUUCUGAAGGAGCUGUCUCGCGUGUCGUCUCGCACGGGAGGAAAGAACGGCGAUUCUUUCCUGACGAGAAGAAAUGGAGGGUGACCGAUUAACUGACAAAGAUACAAAGAAGGAUGAGAAUGGUGAGGCCAAACCUAAGGUGACUCUAGGCUUGACUACCACGGUAGCCUUGGAUACUCUGCAUCGCGACGUCAGACGUGUUUUGCAGGAGUAUGAAGAGGAUCACAGGAGAAAUAAAAAAUAUAGAGCUUGGUUGAAAGAUACUUUGCAUCAUCGCAGUCAAUAUACAACACUCUGCUGGACUUCUGCGGUCGCACUGCUGAUCAAUGCCAUUAUUCUCAUUGUUGCGUAUUUUACACUCAAUGAAACAUGGUAUUCUACACUGCCAUACGAAGGACUGAUAGUCUGUUGUUUAGUAAUAUUAAAUUUUAUCUUAGUAGUAUUGGAUAACAAGCUGCGACAUAAGGAAAUUCCUCAUAGAGUGAAAAUUCUCCUUGAUCAGCUCAAUGUUGCACGUUCCACAUGUCGAUGGAAAUCCGAGAACUACCCACAUUUAUGCAGUCCGCAAUCCCCUUGCUUGACCUUGCAAUGGACGUAUCGUGAUAGUGAAGUGGUCAACUUGCCGUGGGCUUUAUUAGUAGCUGGCGACAUAAUCGUAAUGAAGCCAGGUCAACAAGCUCCUGGAUAUUGUGUUCCGUACGACGAUCCUGAAGCUCCUGUUUUGCACGCGAGAGAGACUUACAGUCCACCAGUGCACAGCGCCCAUGAGAUAUUUUCUACGCCGCAGGCCCGCGUACCUUUGAAGAGUAAAAUCUACAAGCUUCAGGAAACACCGUACUUGGUGAACUUGCGAAUGGCAUUAGAUCAAGCUCUCGAUCGACCGGUUACUUAUUAUAAUCGUAAACGUCACCUAUUGAUGAUUUGUUGCAUCGAGCACUUGGCUUAUCCGAUACUUGUGAUCGUAAUCCUCGUAAUCAAUCUGCUGCGUUACUUAUAUUUGACGGACUAUUUCGGUACCGGUCACUGGAGCGAGAUGUUCUUGUUGCAACCGAUUGCCGUGAGCCUUCCGCUGUUGCCAUUGGUGUUUCCCGCCUGUUGGAUAUUUCUCAAUUGCUUUGGCAUGGCUCGUUUUAAAGCAUUAUUUAAACUCUAUCUAUCGGCAAAAAAACUUCAGUUUGUAGAUCCUUUUGAGGAUGCGGAUAUCAAUGGUCCCAGUCAUCCAGAUGUAGUGUACAACUGGCUAGAACUCAAGGACUACUUCUUUGACAUCCUUUUUGGUAACGAACAUAUGAUGUCGCGAUCGGCAAGCAUUUUGCACGUUUUAGGUUCUGUGACUGCAUUAUGCUGCGUGGACAAGAAGGGGAUUCUCUCAUGGCCUAAUCCUACGGCGGAGAAAGUAUUUUUCCUACGUAACGCCAAUACUUUAUCGCCGAGUUCGAGUACCGGCAGCGUGGACAAGACAACUGAUAAAAAUCAAGAGUCUGAAGAGACUAAGGUGAAUUCUAAUAGAACAUCUUAUGUACAGCAUGAUAUGUCACACUCCACCGCCGAGGUAUUGGAUCUCACUCAUGAUCACGCCCUGCCGUUCCGACUGCAAUUUGAUGAUCACUCAUGGCGACAACAUCUGAAUUCACUGAAACCGCUCGGUCUGGCGAUUCUUCUCAACACGUGCAAUAUGAAAACGCAGGAGCACUACAUGCAGUUCUGUUGCCAUGUCACUUGCGAAGCUCUCUAUAACGAGAACCUGGUGCCAGUGACAAAUAGACGAUGUCUGUGCGAGUUGGCAAAACAGAUUGGCUUUCAGGAUCAAGCGCAGAAGAUCUUUCAAUUGGAACAGCAACUAUGUACAUUUAGACAUGUACAACCAGAAAUGGUUAGGCGGGACAUAAAAUUUGCGCGUUCGCUGAGCAUCGCGACGAAGUUAAAGUUCCCGUUUCCUCACAUGGUCGCCGUGGUCGUGAAAGAGUGCAGCGGUGGUGGUUUGCAAUUGCUGACGCAAGGAACUGCUGAUAUAAUUCUGGAUUCAUGUAUCGAAUAUUGGGACGGUCACGAUCUCUGUCCUCUUUCCGCAUCAGAUAGAAAAAAAGUGCAAGAUUUCUAUCAAAGAACGAGCUUGACCUCCUACUGCACCGCAUUCGCUUAUCGACCGCUGACACGUGCCAUCAGUGACAAAAUGUCCGAGAUUUAUCUGGAACUGCCAGCAGACAGCAAACACCUAUACACACCUCAUAGGAGCCCGACUCCUUUGCCAUGGGAUUUUAGAAAUGUUCUUGAUCCUAGAAUACGAGGAAUAUUGGGGCAGUUUCAUUCAACAGAUUCCUUGUUAUGCAAUGAAAAUAAAGAUGACGACGUAAGUGAUGUCGAAAGCUGUUUUGAUGUUCAGUGCAAUCAGGUCUUCAUCGGAAUGGUCACUAUGCAAUAUCAGGCGCAAACUGAUAUGGUGCAACUAAUAGAGCAGUUGGAUAGAGCAUGCAUAAGGUUCGUUCAUUUCAGCAAAGAAAAUGAGCUACGCUCGCGCGUUUUCUCGGAGAAGAUGGGACUGGAAAGCGGCUGGAAUUGCCACAUCUCAUUACUCAGUGAGGGAGCCAGGAAGCAACAAUGGCUGAAGAGAUAUCCGCAUAUGCCCCCGUCGUAUAUGUCCGAGAGUCCAGUGGGUUGGUGGGUGAGCCAGGCAGCAGCCAUGUCCUCACCCACUCCCUCACCCACGGCCCAAUCUCAUCAGCCUAAUUACUCCUGCAUGGACGAGGCCAGCCACUUGCUUAAUCGUGUCUUACCUCGCACCAAUCUGAACAAUAGCCGAGCGAUGAGCAUGUCGGCGCCGAGUGCUAUUAAUACGGAUUUCUCGACAGUGAAGUUCGACGAUGAAACCACCGAGUGGAACAACACGGGGACUUCACAGGUCAAAAGCGCCAUGAGCCACAGGGAGCAGGACACGGUGAGAAGCGAGGACAGCGUUCUGGUACAGAGUGUUGAUCUGGGAUCGGGUCAAGAGGCUUGGAGGUCCUUGAGCUGCCUCACUGAUAGCACCGAGCAAAGCGCACCAGUCAACUUUGAUUUGUCAAACAGGGCUAAAUUGCCAAGAGGCAUAGAGAAGAUACGUCCGCACAUCGAGUUGAUAGAUAAUGUCCCUUUGCUCGUGUCUCUAUUCACUGACUGCAACACUAUGGUGACCCGCGAGAUGCUACACAUCAUGCAGGAUUAUGGUGAAGUAGUGUGCGUGCUCGGCUCUUCUGCCAACGCCGAGAACAUGCCGAUCUUCAUGCAGGCCGACGCCGGAGUGGCGGUGGAACCUUUAUAUCCUCAAGUGUGUCAGAAAGUGCCAGUGUUGGUGCCCACUAUGGAGAACCAAGGGAUUUCUCCCGUCGACCUGAGUAGAGCGCUCAAUUCUGUCACAUGUUCAUUGAGUGUAAAACGCGAAGAUCCCGUUGCGAUUUUUCAUCUCAUUAUGGAGGCUCGUCAUUAUAUGAAGAAUCUAUGGAACUGCAUACAAUUUUGGCUGUGCUGUUUAAUUACGCUCUCGUUCAUGCAAGUAUUGUCGGCGUUUCUACUGCUACCACCGCUAUUUUCCAUUGAUCAGAUACUCUGGCUGUGCUGCUUGAUAAUUCCCAUAUUGUCGGCAUCCAUGAUUGCCACGCCGAUAGAUCCGACGAUAAUGCAACGCGCGACUGGGAAGAAUCAAUGUGUAGUCAAUGGAGAGGUCACAUUGUUCGUGCUGUGGUGCUAUGGUAGCAAGUUCCUGCCGACAGUGAUUACGGUGAUUCUCUCGCAAUGCAUCUCGUUUCUGACGCUUUGCCCCGUUUACGUGCCACAGAACUCCAAGUGUCUGUAUAUUUAUCCUGAUAUGCGGGAUCAGAUCUGGGGAGGCUGGGGUAGCAAACCAAUUGUCAUUCUGGUCGUACAGCAUUUCGCCCUCACACUUAUAGUCCUGCACUUUGUUAUAAUAUCUGUCAGCUUUGUGCACAGAGAAUAUUCAAUAUGGAAGAAAAAUCCUAUGAAUAAUCAUACUUGGUUUCUCGGUGUAUUUAUCAUAUUAUGUGUACAGGCAAUGUUCUCCGGUGUAGCGUUCCGCAGGUUUUGGCGAGAGGAAGGCAAAAAGAUCGAGAACUUCCCGAUACACGUACCAUUGUUCUUUCUUCUUUCUGUUCCGCUGAUAUUUGCGAUUAAUGAGUUAAUCAAGUGGCAAGAGAUCAAGGUGAAUGUUAGAUAUCAAAAAAGAGCGCGUCUAGAAUUUGGCACGAAGCUCGGAAUGAAUUCGCCAUUUUAAUUCAAUUCGUUCAACGUCUUCGAAAUAUCAAAUGCGUUUUAAAAAAUAUACGGGUAUAUUGUUAAGUGUAUAUAUCAUUAGUAUAUAGUAUCGUAAAUACCAACAUUAUAAUUCAGUUGCUACAAACUCAAGACAUCCAAAAGACUCGAAGAUUUUUAAGAAUGAGCUUCGUAUACUUACAAUGCGUUAAAUGUUGCCAAACGAGAGCCGAACAGAGCACCGGUAUUUUUCUAUAGCGAUAUGCAUAUUUAUAUUUUGCGAUGUAAUGACGAAUCUCAGACGGGCAGAGUCGUCGAUUGUGAGCUUAAACGAGCGCAUAUGUGAGCUUUCGCACGAUACAUCAGGCUGAUAGUGGAAUUUUCAUCUCAUUUUAUCAAAUCGUUCUGAUUAAUGAAACUUUUUCCUUGACAAAAAGUCAAGAACGUUGGGAAGCAUUAUUUUUCUCGCUCCUGAUUCUAUCAUAAUUCAAGAUGUCUCAUAUAGAUGAUCAUUGAUCUUUCAUCUUCAUCUUUCAGAUUUCAUUUAAAGAAAGAAAAGAAGAAAGUUAUCUUAAUAAAUAUUAUGUCAAUAUUAUGGAAAUAUUGUUCCAAGAUAUUUUCAUAAUGAUUGUGGCUCUUUGCAGAAACAAAAGGCCUGAUAAAUCAGAGACAUCUUGCAUUCAUGAGGAUUUUAGUAUUAUGUAGAAUACUUGUACAUAAAGAUGUUCCUAUUGAUAAUAUUAACAUCCGUAUGAUGUUCUAUUUCGCAAGUUCAUUGUAGAAUUGCAAAGACAUCGGACCUUUCAGCAACGAUAGUAAUUUAUUUGUAGCAAUUGCAGAUUAACGGAAACUUUAGCAAAUUAAAUAUAUUCUGUAAAGUUGCAGAUAAUCAUUUAAAUUCGAAUUAGGAGUAAGAAUCUCGCUGGCUCGAGGUUCUCUGUGAGACAGUGUCAUAUCUUUAUUAUAUAGAUUCCUCGAUUUCUCAUUAAUAAGAAGUACAAUGUUAGACACAAUACAAUGUUUUCAAAAUAAUCAAAUCUCCAUUAAACUGAGCAUUUUGCAAAC